AUGGAUUGCCCGGUUGUGCCGCUCCGAGGUUGGGCCUUGUUGAGUUCCCCUGACCUUGUGUCUCAGUUCGCUCUUGACCCUCCGUUCAAGGACAGCCGAAGAAGAAACAAGGAUCCAUGGCGAGUGCUCAAAGCUUUGGAACCAUAUUCUUUCCAACAUUAUGGAGGUGGAGAAAGGGAAAAACGUCAAGCAACUGCACGUGAACAAAGCCUGGAAACCGAUUUGAAUGCUCUGGUCCCUGCUGAACAAGGAUUGACGGAUUACGAGGUUAAAAACGCGUGUAGAUGCGUGCCUUUCUACAAUUGCUGCAAUGACACCGCAACAGCCGGGUUUUGUGCUGAAGCCAUCGACAUCAAGAACAACCUGGAUUUCAAGGAAAACCGGUGCUCUGUCGACUAUUUCGAGUGCUGCAGCUUCACCGAUCUUUGCGGCGAGGAUGUCGAUUGCCUGAUUCAAGUUUCCCUCGUUCCACCUUCAGCGAGCCAAAGUAGUUCACCUGAAACAACCAGUUCUUCGUCAGAAACGAAUUCUUCGUCUGAAGCAACAAUCACACCUCCGUCGAUCGCCUACAAACCGGUCCCGCCCACGAUUCGAGAACCUCCUGCGCUGUCAGAGCCAAUACCCUGCGGGCGCAGGAAUUUCGAUGGUGUCGGCGUGCGUUUGGCCGGAAGUGCCGAGAUACAACAGGCCCAAUAUGGAGAAUUCCCGUGGAUGGUUGCCUUGUUGCGAGAGGACACAAUAGGCAGAAGUCAGCCCAUCGACGUGUACGUCUGUGGUGCAGUGCUCAUCUCUCCCCACCUCGUGGCCACUGCGGCGCAUUGCGUGAAUGAUUAC